AUGGAAUAUUCUACCAACAAUGAUGAUAUUAGUACUGAUGGAAUUUCAACUGAUCCUGUUCCUAUUUCUGAAACAGAUUCCGUACGAACAAAUACAACGCAAUUAUCAUUUGGAAAGCAUAAAGGAGCAAGAUGUAAAUAUUGUACUGUAUCAUGGACUCGAAGAAGAGCUCAAGAUAUGAAGGCUUACCUCAAAAUGAAAUGUAAAGGAAAAGACCUUCAAAAUGAAGAUAAGCUCAUGCCACCCGGAACAUUUACCUUAAAAAAAAGAAAAUCAGACAAUAUUAUGUUAUCUUUUGAAGAUUACUACAAUACUAAAGAAGCCAUUGACAAAAAUAAAGAAAAAAUGGCUAAUAAAUCAUUAAUUAAGUGGAUUGUGUACUCUGGCAUUUUAUUUUCUGCCUUUGAUAAUCUGUAUUUUGAAGAUUACACCAAAAUGUUAAACCCAGGAUAUAGCCCACCCAAGCGAACUACAUUGGCAACAUCAAUAUUAGAUAUAGAAGCAGCAAACAUAACGUUAAAGAUAGAAAAGGAACUAUCAAAAUCUAGGAACCUUAUAUUGUGUGUAGAUGGUUGGUGCAGUCCGAUGAAGCAUAGUAUAUAUGCCUUCGUUAUAAUGACCGAUAAAAAAAAACAAUAUGUAUAUUCUUUACGUGAUUUUUCAAAGUACUCUUAUAUAGCCAAGUUUAAUGCUGAAAAAAUAAUAGAAGUAUUAGAAAAUGUCAGGCCUGAAAAAUUUGUUGCAAUAGUUUCUGAUGCAGAAUCGGCAAUGACAGUAGCAAAACGACAGGUUGCAGCAAAAUAUCCGCAUAUCUUACCCAUUAGGUGCAUCGCACACCAUAUACAAUUAAUCUCUAGUAGUAUCUGCCAUUUACCUCAUGCCCGUAAUGUCCUUUCUAAUUGUCAAAAAAUUGUAAGUUUUUUUAGGAAUUCUUAUAUUGCUAGUGCUGCCCUUAGAAAAGAAAUUAUAUGUUCCUUCAUGCAACAAUUUGGAGGUGGUCGAAUUAGUGCAGAUCUUCUAAAAACUCAAAUGAAUUUAUACAAAAACCAAAAGUAUUCCUUUAAAGAUAAAUUUAUUGUGUCUGCUGAUACAAUUACUAAUUGGUGGAUAUCUAGAGAUUUUAAAAGAAAUGAAGACCAUAUUAAAAGUCUUGCUGAAAAAGUGCAUUCUAUUUCUCCCCAUAAUGCUGCCUAUGAGCAUGUCUUUAGUAUACUAGGGUGGUAUUUUGAAAAAAGGCGAACUAAGCUAAGCAUCGAACGUCUGGAGAUUAUGGCUCAGAUGCACUCGUAUUUGGUUGAGAACACUAAGUCAGAGCUUAAUUAUGUGAAUCCAAAUUUUCCUCAAGAGGAUUUCUUAUCAAUUUUCAACAAAAUCACAAGUUUCAUAAAAGACGAUACAGAUUUAUUUGGCAAGGAAGAGUCGAUUUCUUUUUCGAAAGAACUUGCAAAAGAACUGAUGGAAGAACUGAUGGAAGAAGACAUGGAAAGUCUUUCAGAUGAACCAGAUGAUUUAGAUCAAGAAAGCUCUACAAAUUUAAACCUAGAAAAUUUCAUAAAUUUACAAUUAAAAUUAGAUAUUGAUGAGUCUUUAAAUGUAAAUAAAGAAAUUAUACAUGGGGAUAAAAAUUUUGAUGUAAAUAAUUUGCUUUAUUGA